GUCGAUCGUGAUGUUUGCCAACAGCCAUCUAGUUGCAUUCGUUUCAUGCUGUUUAGUGAUUAUGUACAGUACACAUGGACACGACGAAGACCCGUUCCACGAUGUUGACGAAUAUUUAGAAAGUGUAAAACCCGAAAGCAAGUCGAAUAUCACAGCCACCGAGACUGAGCAUAUUAUACGAAUAUUAUGGAACAGAAUGCAAUGUGAUACCAUUGAUUUUACUAACACGAAUACGUCAUGUCAAGAGUGUCUUCCUGUUGAGAGUUUAUUCACCAUCGUUGAUGCUGAUAUGAAAUAUGGUUUAAACGUACCGCAGUUCCACCAGGCGAGCGUAGUACUAUUGUAUUAUGUCACAGAUUUGGGAACCGUGUGCAAAACCAUAUUAGAUCCGAGUGCAAAAGACUACGAUUAUUUCUCACAGUCACUGCUGGACUACGACAGUGACAGCGACCCCAACAGACACACGUAUCACGAAUUUCAGAAUGUGAUUGAAGACAUCAACGCUACGUAUGUAGCGACUAAUUAUGCCAAGUGUUUUACAGCAGAGAGCGCCUACAAUGAAUCCACAAUGGCCAAUCACAAAAUCGGGGCGGAUGCCGACGAAUUAGCAGAACUGUCGACAAUCACCGUGUCGUAUCUAGUGUUUGGGUACUGCAUUGGCGAACCAUCAAAGAUAGAUACUGAUUCCUUUUUGUGGGAAAUAUUUAAAGUAUAUGGAGAAGAUGGUUACAUAUCCCUGCAUUCGUUGGAACAUAUGUUGGAGGAUCUUGGUAUCGGAGAAGAGGAGGAAUUGCAUAGCCACAGCCUAUCGAUUCACAGACAGAGACGUGACUUGAAUCUUCAAGAUUCGUACAAUACCAUGGAGGCAGAAGAAGACGACGUGGCAUACAAAACAUCUCACGGGUGUUACAGUGCGAGUGAACUAUUCGGUAUGUUCAGUAUUAAUCACACAAUUGGUGCAAACGAAGACGAGUUUUUAGAGAUGAGUCCUUCAUUGCUACAACAAAUACUCAGUGGUGUAUGCCAUCCAGAAUCUGAGCCAAUCGAAUCCGCCUCGGCCGAGAUGUUUCUUUAUGGCACGGUGGCAGUACUCGUCAUUUGUUUGUGUUCCUUCUUAGGAAUAUUAACAAUACCAGUUAUAGGCAAGACAUUUUAUAAUAAGUUAAUGCAAACAUUGAUAGCACUAUCCGUGAGUACCAUGUCUGCUGAUGCGUUAUUGCAUCUGAUUCCACACAGUGGUGAUGGGCAUGGACACAGUCACCACCAUGUACCUAGCCUCGAUCAGGGAAAUAAUAUUAGGGAAGAUACUUCUAUACAAAUGAAGAAUCAUGUGACGAAAUCGGAAUCCAGCGCUGACCUUGUGUCUGGACUUUCUGAUGACAAAACGCUGGAAAUUAUUGAAGAACAUUUCGAAGAUUCAAAAACAAAGAAAAAAUGGUGGCAGUAUUUGAACAGUUUGGCUGUCAUGGUGAUAAUAGGUGAUGGUUUGCAUAACUUCGCCGAUGGUCUGGCUAUUGGUGCAGCAUUUUGUAUCGAUGUUUUAACGGGGGUGUCCACCAGUAUAGCUGUGCUAUGUCAUGAACUGCCGCACGAAUUUGGUGAUUAUGCCAUUUUAGUGUCAACUGGUAUGGGUUAUAAGCGAGCUUUACUUUGGAAUGGAAUUUCUGCUAGCUUUGCGUUUGUUGGGUUGUACAUUGGUCUAGUUAUUGGUAGUAUAGACGGCGUCAGUGAGUGGAUACUUGCAAUCACCGCCGGUAUGUUUCUGUACAUAGCAUUGGCUGAUAUGACACCACAAUUGACGCAAUAUAAAAGUUCAACGCGGGGAGAUAACUGGUUGGUGUUUUUAUGGCAAAAUAUUGGAAUACUAACAGGAUUUACUAUUAUCUUUCUCUUGGCUUAUUUUGAACACGCCAUCGAAGUUUGA